AAUUAAUAUCAGUCAUAUAGAUAUAGUCACUUUGAUGCUUCUCUCUACCUUAUUUCCUUGUGAAGAUUCAUCUCUCCUCUUCUUCUUAUUUUGUUGUUGCAGAUACUAGUCACACACUUGUUCAAGCUGGGAACUAACAUAAAACUAUAGAGAAUGGAUGCAAACCAGUGGCGAUCGAAGAAGAAAAUAGAAUCUGCAGCAGAAACACUUCAAGUUUCUUCUAGAAGAAACAUCAAACCACAGGCACGUACUGUUCCUCAAGUAAAUGGAGGAACUAGACCCGAGAGAGCUCGAAAAAGUCUAAACGAGAAGCUAGAAACUGUAGCCUUAAACUCUCCCAAGAAAGAUUCUCGUGUGAAUCUCUACGGCGACAAAGAUGUAGCUGAUGAGAUUUUCUUGAAAGAUGAAGAAAUGAGUCUUGAAACUGGGUUGUUGGAUGGAGAUUCAUCUCCCUUUUGUGAUAAGCUCCUCCAGCGAAUGGAGCUUCUUGGGAGAGAUCACGAGGCAAAGAGACUCGAUCACCACAACAACAUUAGCUCAAGACAAGAUGAAUCUGCGUUUGAUGAUGUGAUCGAGAUGAAGAGAAAGAUUCACACGUUAACCGCUGAGAACACUCAGCUCAAGAAGUCUCUUGUGGCGAAAGAAGAGCUCGCGGUAAGCCUACAAGAGCGUAAGCAUCAGGUGGAAUCAGAGUUCGAAGCGCUGAUGACGAGAUUAGACUCAACGGAGAAAGAGAACGCGUUCUUGAGAUACGAGUACACGGUUCUUGAAAAGGAUCUCGAAGUAAAAACAGAGGAAACAGAGUAUACUCGCAAGUCUAUGGAGCUAACGCAUAAACAGCAGCUCAGGAACGUGAACAAGAUCGUGGAGCUCGAAGGUGAGUGCAAAAGACUAAGACUUCUGUUUCGUAAGAAGUUUCCUGAUAGGUCAAUCUCCUCGGUGAGGAACGAAGGGGAAGAGAUGAAAAGAAGAAACGCGAACAAUAAGAGCGAUCUGAUGAUGAGAGAUGAAGCUCAGAGCCGGAAGCUUAAGUACGAUCUGUUGAUGGAGCAGAUAGGUAACGUUAGAGCAGAGAACAAGAACCUGAUGGACAUUAUUAUGAGGAAAAACAUGGAGAUUAAAGAUCUUAGCCGCGGGCAGAAACCGUUGAGCGCUUCUAGUGAGAGUAGUGUCAUUAGCCCUUCUGGUUCAAAGGAGAUGAAGUUGCUUAUGGAUGACUUUAAUGAGAUGGAGAAGUUAGCUAUUGUUUGUACUGAGAAAGCUUCGAGAGAGGAUGAUGAUGAUGAGAAAGACGACGGGUCUUUCGAUUGGAUUCAAGUUGUUUUGAGUGCUGUAUCAAAGCAAGAGAGGAUAUCGAAACGCGGUGUUAAAGAUUUGUUACAAGACAUCAAGAUUGCUUUGGGAUGUAUGGAUGAUGAUGAUCCUCUCUGCCUCACAUGGAAAUCUAAUGUGGAAUCAGGUCCAAUGACAAAGGAUGAGAUCAAGAGACAUUUGGGUCUAACAGCAGCGGAUAAAGUUGAAACCGAACUGAGAGGUAAGCUUCAGGAAGCUGAGGCAAAGAUCAGGAGCUUAGAGGGAGAGGUCAAAAAGUUGAGAGAGAGUAUGGAGAAGGUAGAGGGUGAGAUGGAAGCUGAGAAAUCGAUGAAGGAAGAUCUUGAUACAAAGCUACACAUAGCUGAAGCUAAGCUCAACGAGACGCAAAAGAAACUGUCUUCUCUUGAAGUAGAGUUUGAUUACAGAAAGAGUUGCUGUGAAGAACUCGAAGGGACGUGCAUCGAGCUUCAGCUUCAGUUAGAAAGUGUUGAAACAAAGAAACCAAUGCAGAGGAACAGAAGCGUGAGUAGAAAGGGAUGGGAUAUUGCAGCAGCUUCUGUGAAGUUAUCAGAGUGUCAAGAAACAAUAACUAAUUUAAGGAAGCAACUAAGAGCUUUAUCGACAACAGAAACAAACAACAAUGUGAAAUUUCUACACAAAAGACCUUCUCUCCGGGAAAGUAUUGAAGACUCAACGGGAAAAGACUCAUCAUCUUACAAAGCAGAGGAUGAUAAUAACAAUGUCACUCAUGAUGGUAGUAACAAUAACAACGCCUUGAUCGUGUACGAACCAGUGGAGGCGAAAGGUGAGAAGAUGGUUCCAAGAAAGAAGCAAGGGGUAGGGUUCUUGAAGAGGCUGUUGUUCAGGAAGAAAAGAGUGAGCAGCAAGAAAUAUCUUGCCUUGACUAUGUGAUGAAUAAAUUAAAAGAGAAAAGGGUUCUUACAAGGGCUUUGGUUUGUGUUUGUGUAUAUAUUGGGUGACUAAUGAUCUGUGUGUGUAUGCUUUGUGUUUCUGAGAUGUGAUGAGUGUAUACUCUUUCUGAUUUUGAUAAUAAAACGAAACUAGAUCUUGACCUUGA